UCUCUCCUCUCAACUUCAUAACCAUUCUCUUUCUCUCUCUUUCUCUCCUUACAAUUCCUUCUUCUUCAAUUCCCAUGGGAGACCCAUGUUUCAACUCAUUAGCAAGUGUUCUAAAAUUCAACUCCCAUUUCUCCCCAUCACAACCUUCAAAUUCCAUCCUACACCUCAACAGCAUGUCUCACAAUUGCUUCUCUUACCCCUGCCCAACCCCGACACCUCCUCCGCCUUCGUCUCCUCCUCUCCGAGAGGCUCUGCCGCUUCUCGGGUUGAUGUCUCCACCCGAGCAGCGACAGGAGCAAGAAGAAGACGACGACGAAGAUGGUGGGGGUAGGAGAGGCAGCAACAACGAGGAGGAGGAGUCAGUGACGGUAGCUUUGCACAUAGGGCUACCGAGCCCUAGCGCGGCAGAGAUAGCAUCUUUGAUGUGUGGUUCUUCAUCUGAGAUUGAUCAUGUUGGUGAUGGAGAUCAUAGCAAUAAUAGUAACAAUAAUAUUCAAGAUCAUGAUUUAGGGCAGUCCACCAAAACCCUAAUAAAGGGGCAGUACUGGAUCCCUACUCCUUCUCAAAUUCUUAUUGGUCCUACCCAAUUCUCGUGCCCUGUUUGCUUCAAAACCUUCAAUAGAUACAACAAUAUGCAGAUGCACAUGUGGGGGCAUGGGUCACAGUAUAGAAAAGGCCCCGAAUCCCUCCGAGGCACGCAGCCAACAGGCAUGCUACGGCUUCCUUGCUACUGCUGUGCACCGGGCUGCCGCAACAACAUAGACCACCCACGAGCCAAGCCAUUGAAAGACUUCAGAACCCUGCAAACGCAUUACAAGCGCAAGCACGGUCUGAAGCCCUUCAUGUGUAGAAAGUGCGGGAAGGCAUUCGCAGUGCGUGGAGAUUGGCGGACGCAUGAGAAGAAUUGUGGCAAGCUUUGGUAUUGCAUUUGUGGUUCGGAUUUCAAACACAAGCGCUCCCUAAAGGACCAUGUCAAGGCCUUCGGUAAUGAUCACGCCGCGUACGGUGGGGGCGGGAUCGAUGGGUUUGGAGACGAGGAAGAUGAGCCUGCUUCUGAAGUAGAGCAGGAUAAUGAUGAGUGAAAGGAUACAUAAAACAGAUAUAUGGGAAGCCUUAUUAUACCAAACAUUUGAGAAUAUAUAAUCAUUAUUAUUGAUUUACAGAACUAUAUUAUUGUUAUAAAUUGUAUAAUGGAACUUACUUAAAUUACUACUGUUGUUAUAUUAUUAUAUGUAAUUAAUUAGGGAAGCUUUGUUUCUUUGGUUUGAUUUUCAUCUUAUAAGUUAUGUUUAUGUUUUGAUCCCAAAUCAAGAUGUAGGGAUCAAAAUAAUCAAAUGGAAGAAAAAAAGAUAAGUGUAUAAAUUUAAAUAUUUUUAUUUUCUGUUUAUCCAAACA